GUUACUUGGAGGCUUACAUUUCCAGAAAUUGAGUUUAAAACAACCAAAGCAUUAAUGCCCAAUGAAAGAAUGAAAAAGGUUAAGAGUGGAUCUUCCAACUGUUAGGGGUAAAACUUAUGGUUUCACUCAAUAUAUUUUUAGUUGGUUGCCAGGGAUUUUAAAUUCUAAAUCCCAAUGAAAUACUCAAGUAUUUUAUGGUGUUUUAUUUACAAUAAAGUGAAGAUAUUAAGGAAGAAAGAAAGAGAAGAAAAAGAGAGAUACCAGGCAGGAGUUCAGAGACCCCAACCAAGGGGGGGGGGAGGACUAAAUCUAGCACAACUUCCAGCCAGCCUCCUCCAAGAUGAGGGGCCUCCUCAGAGGCUGGUGCCUCCAGAAAAGCCAAGGAAAGCCAUUUUGAUUAUCACCUUGAGUCAAAUUGAUCUCCCGAAACUCCUUGCUCAGGACCUUACCAGCUUUUCAUCAAGUGCUCACUAAAUAUUUUGGCAACUCUCUGGAGCAUCCUUGAUAAAUCUUUUCCAGUGAAAAAAGAAGAAUAAUUCUCAAUGAAAAUGAAAAUCAACUUCAUUCUGGGUUUGCUCUUCACUGGACUUUUUUUAACCAUAAAUGGUCUUCAUCAGCAGAAACCCCCUGCCCAAAAUCACCAAGCUAAUCUCCAGGAGUCAGAGGAGAGGAAAGCUAAAACAGAAGUUGUCAGCCGAAAUACUGAGUUUGCAUGUAAAAUGUAUCAAGAUUUGGCCAAAAGAAGCAAAGAUAAGAACAUCUUCUUCUCCCCUCUGAGUGUUUCCACAAGUUUCUCCAUGUUGACAAUGGGAGCAAAGGAUUACACUCUGUCUCAGCUAAUUGACAGUUUAAACCUAAAUAAAAUGCCCCCAAAGAAAAUAUAUCAAGGCUUCCAUUACCUCAUUCACAGUCUCAACCAACCUGGCAGAGAUCUGAAGCUUCACCUGGGCAAUGCUGUAUUCAUUGAGAAAGAGCUGAGAACCCACAAAAGCUUUUUGAAUGAUAUUAGAAAUGUGUAUGAAGCAGAUGUCAUUUCUAUGGACCUCAAGGAUCCUAAGAAAGCCAUUGGACAAAUCAACAAUUAUAUCAGCAAGGAAACCCAUGGGGAAAUUACUAACAUGGUAAAGAAUCUGGAUUCAGGCACAUCCUUGCUUCUGAUUAAUUAUAUAUACUUUCAAGCUGAAUGGGAAAAGAAGUUUAACCCAAAGGACACAGAAGAAGAUGAAUUCUUUUUGAUUGAUGGGAGGUCGGUGAAAGUCCCUAUGAUGUACCGAGGUGGCAAGUACAAAAAUGGUUAUGAUGAGGAGCUCUCCUGUAGGAUUCUAGAACUACCUUUUAAGGGAAAUGUCACAGGACUUUUCAUACUUCCAGACAAGGGAAAAUUGAAGAAUGUGGAAGAAGGACUCAAUAAGGACAAGCUGAUCCAAAUGAGUCAAUCAUUAAAACUCAGUUCUGUUGAUGUGUGUUUACCGAAGUUUUCCAUUUCUGGUACCUAUAAUAUGAAAAAGUGUCUCUCUGAUCUUGGUGUUACCCGAAUCUUUGAUGGAAGUGCUGACCUCACCAGAAUUACUCCCCAGAAGACCUUGAAAGUUAGCCAGGCUCUGCAUAAGGCUGUGUUGAAGAUGGAUGAAAAAGGAGCAGAAGCUGCUGGAGGAACUGGUGUUGAGACCCUGCCCAUGACUGUUCCUAUAUUGUUUAGACUUAAUCACCCAUUCUUACUUAUAAUUAAAGAUGAUAUAACCAAUUCUACACUCUUCAUGGGAAGAAUUAUGAACCCUACAUCCAGCAAGCAUCUCUUUGAGGCUGCGUAAGGUUUCUUGCUGCUGACAUUGAAUAAACAUAGUGAAUUGUAA